CAUACCUUCUUUGUGUUGGGUGCACUACACCAUGAGUCCAGCCCACAUGUUUUUUGUCAAGAGCUCAUUUAAUGAGCAUGUCUUUAAUGUUUCUUAUCUAUUCUUCAUCAUGUACAAAAGUCAACAUUAGUAAUUGGGUUGGUUGGCUUAGGCGUGUCCAACAUGCUGAAGAAAGAAAAGAAAGAAGCAAAAGCAAGAGUUAUUCUGCUAUGGCAGAGCUGAAAGGAAAAAGGAAAGAAACAAGCAAGGCCAUUCGGCCAAUGAGAGCUAAAGAAAAAGAAAAUGGUUGAAGCAAAGUCAAGAUAAGUGGCUUGUAUUUAAUGUGACUUGAUGUGAAGAGUGUGAAAGGGAGAAAAGAAGAAAAGGUGGAAGAAAUAAAUAGAGAGGCCAUUCGGCCAGUGCAGAGGGGAAGAAAAGAAGUGAAAGUCCCAAAGUGUGAGGACUAGUGCAGCCUUGAAGAGCUGCGUGAGUGAGAGCAAGCAAGAGAGAAGAGAAAAAUAGAGAGAGUAAGAGAAAAUACACAGUGAGGAAGAGAGCAGUGAGUGAAAAGAAAAAGAGAGUUUUUUUUUAUUCAAGUUGUAUUUCUAAGUGUUGUAAUCUCUAUUUUAUAUAGUGAAAUUAUUCGGAGUUUGUCCCGUGGUUUUUCCCUUCAAGGAGAAAGGGUUUCCACGUAAAUCUUUGUAUUUUUGUGUGAUUGUGCUUCCGCUGUGCUUGCUAAAAUUUAUUCACAAUGGAUUUAGUUGGUGGUUACUACGAUGCUGGUGACAAUGUAAAAUUCAGCUUUCCCAUGGCAUUCACAGUAGCAACAUUGGCAUGGAGUGUUAUAGAAUUUGGCCAAUUAAUGGGCUCAGAGCAACAAAAUGCACUGGAGGCUAUUCGUUGGGGCACUGACUAUUUACUUAAAGCUACUAGUGUUCCUGAUGUUGUGGUUGGUGUAGUUGGUGACCCGAAUGCUGAUCACAAUUGUUGGGAGAGACCUGAAGACAUGGAUACUCCUAGAACCACUUAUGUGGUUAAUAAAACAAGUCCUGGUUCUGAGGUUUCAGCCGAGAUUGCAGCUGCACUUGCAGCCUCUUCCAUAGCAUUUCAGGCUUCUGAUGCUAAAUAUUCUAAACUACUUCUUGAUAGAGCUAAACAGGUCUUUGACUUUGCUGAUCAGUUUCAAGGAUCUUACAAUUCUAGUAUUCCACAUGGUGCAUGCCCAUUUUACUGUGAUUUCAGUGGCUACGUGGAUGAAUUGUUGUGGGGAGCAGCAUGGUUACACAAGGCAACAAACGAUGCUUAUUACUGGAAUUAUCUUCAAAGAAACCUAAAGCAUCUGGAAACCAGAGAUAUAGAUGGUAAUCCAUUUGAAGGAGCUGGAAUUAAUGAAUUUGGAUGGGAUUCAAAAACUGCUGGUAUUAACGUACUUAUUUCCCAGAGGGUGAUGAAAGACCCUAAGAAUGGUAAUCCUUUUAUUCUCAAUGCCGAUCAAUUUGUAUGCUCUAUAUUACCCGACUCACCUACGGUCAAAUCAGUCAGUUACUCUCCAGGUGGGCUUAUAUUCAAGGCCGGAGGAAGUAACCUACAACAUGCAACAGCUUUGUCUUUCCUUCUUAUUGUUUACGCUCGCUAUAUGAUAGAUGCGAAGAAAGUAGUUCGUUGUGGUGAUUUUGUAGCCCAACCAGAUAAGCUGAUCGAAGUCGCAAAAGGCCAGACGGAUUAUAUACUAGGAAAAAACCCAUUGGGCAUGUCAUACAUGGUGGGCUAUGGCCAAAAGUUUCCUCAAAAGAUACAUCACCGAGGAUCUACCAUUCCUUCCAUUGUUGCACACCCAAAGUUUUUGGGCUGUCAUGGUGGUGACCUAUACUUUAAAAGCCAGAAGCCUGACAUGAAUCAGCUCACAGGGGCUAUCAUUGGAGGUCCCGCUAAGGAUGAUUCUUUUGAAAAUAGUCGAUAUAAUGUUCCACAAUCAGAGCCUACUACAUACAUGAAUUCUCCUUUUGUGGGAGUCUUGGCAUACUUCAAAGCUAGCGUAUAGAAAUCAAUGGCGGCUUCAGGACAUAUAUUUAGGGGGGUCAAUUAUAAAAUACAUUUUGGGUAAAAAAAAGUGAGUCUUGCAGUCUCUGUGAUUUAUUUAUUACAAAAUUUUUCACAGUACAUACUAGCAAGAGAAUAAAAGAUGAGAAGUGUUACAUCUAUAA